GGCGGCACGAACGUGAUGAGAGGAGGAAGGUAGAGCGAGCUGGGGAGUAACGAACUCAGGAUUUGCAGUCUGGGGAUCAUUUGAGUGAUCCAGUGCUUCAUUGUCUUCAAGAAGGUUCCAGGAAUCAAGUACGUACUCAGACAACCUCAAGGCGAAGAAACUUCGAGAUGGCGCGAGGCAAUGUUUGACUCCGUUUCACCGAUCAAAGUGUCUAUUAAUCACAGAUUAGAGAGUCGAGGAAGAUUGAGACAGAGAGGUGAAUACGGAAGGUGAGCGAGAGUUCAGCGACAACUGCCUGCUUUGUGAUCGCUGCCAGAGAAGGAAUCUUUGUGUGGUAUAUUGCCGUGUAGCUCUCUGGGCAGACCCUUUAGAAGAAUGACACAUCCCAAGAUACUUGAAAAAAAUAUAAAUUGAAAUUUGGACAACUGAACAGAAGUUGUUGCGAGAGCUGUCUGAUUGCCAGAUCAGAGGCCUUAUGUGGUCAAAUUUUACUCCAUCUUGUACGGUGCACCUGGAUCUGAAAUUAACCCGUGUGGAAUGUCAUCCAGAGAAAAUACUGGUAUAUUUUUGGGGGCAGUACUGCAAUGCAUAUGAAUUGGAUUAUCAUAUACUACAGGCUGAAAUACAGACUGCAGCAAAGACGAAAGCAGAUGUUGCAGUUGAUGAGUUGUGUUUUGUGGAGGACACUUACCGUGGUGAAUGGUAUCGAGGAAGAGUUAUAAGAAAAAAAGAAGAAUCAUAUGAUGUAUUUCUCAUAGAUGUUGGAAUGGUCUUGACUGUUGAUGCUGGGCACGUUGCUUCUGCCUCUAAAAAAUUGUUUCAACUUCCCCCAAAAGUAGUAUGUGGCAUAUUUGCCAAUAUAAUUCCUAUAAGAAGAAAAUGGUCAUCAAUGGCUGUCAAAUAUUUUGCAUCAUUGGCAUCUACGCAAAUCAAAGGUUAUGUUGAAGACGUCUUAAUGAACCAGAUAGUUUUAGAAGUUCCCAGUGUUAACCAAAAGCUCCUUAAGCUUGGCUUGGCAAAAAUUCUUGAUGGCAGCACUUUCCAUUUCCUGUUGGAAAUGUCUGAAGAUUUGCCAAGAUACCUUGGUUGUGAAAAUGCUAAAAUGAAAUCCAUGAAUAAACAAUGCUGGAGACCUAUGCUGGAUAAAACAGUUAUACGAUCACUUAAUUUCAAACAUAUUGUGGAUGUUUUCAGUCUAAAUUUGCAAACUGAUGUUAUAGAAUCAGUCAGAAUUACAUGUGCAUCAGGACUUCAUAACUUUUACUGCCAGCUGAAAAAGAUGACCUCAGAGCUCGAAGCAAUGACUAAAGAUAUGCAUGAUUACUAUGAAAACAAAGAAAAAGAAUUAAAUGAUGAACAUAUUAAUAAUUCUGGUGCACUCUGUGCUGCAAAAUGUAGAGAUGGGAAGUGGUACAGGGCAGUUGUAAAACAGCUGUUAACUUCAGGGCACGUGGAAAUUUGGCUUAUGGAUUAUGGAAGUAUAGCAGUUGUAUUACCCCAUCAUAUUAAACAAUUGAUGCCAGAUUUUUUUAUGAUGCCUGUGAUGUCAUUUCCAUGUGCAGUAACUGAUUUAGAAAAGCAAACAAAACAUUGGAUAAAUUUACAGAUUGAAAUUUUCAAGCAAUCAUUGUUUGAGGAAGAAUUAAAUAUUUUAAUUGAUUCCUACUCCUGUAUAGAACAUCUGUACUAUGUUACACUCUGUAAUCCCCAAAACAUUAACGUCCAUCAGUUGCCUGAAACAUUGUCAGGAAUGAAUUGGAAGAUUAAAUGUGCCCCUGAUGAGAAAGCAAGUAAGGAUGUAAGCAGGCAGUUUGGAAAAUCAAGUGGAAAACUGGCCAGUAACUCAGUGCAUUAUAGUUUAAGAUCUGCUGAAAUGAAAGUAAAUGCAUCCUAUGUUGGAUUUGUUGAAUAUGUUAUUAACCCAUCUGACUUUUGGAUUCGUACAUCAGAAUACAGUCAUGAUUUUGAAUGUUUAAUGAACAGUAUUUCAGAUUAUUACAGUGAAAUUGGUGUAAGUGAAGAACUUAUUCAGAAACCAGCACCUGGCUUGUUUUGUUGCGCAAUGUAUAGUGGAGACCAGCGUUACUACAGAGCAGUUAUUACUGAUGUAUUUGAUGGUGACCUAAAAGUUUUCUUUAUUGAUUAUGGGAAUACUGAAAUUGUAGACAUUACUGCUGUAAAAUCCCUUCUUCCUGUGUACACACAUUUGCCACCUUUGGCUAUGAACUGUUCUAUUGCUCGCGUUUUUCCUACUGAAGGAGUGUGGACAAAAGAUGCUACCAACUUCUUUAAGAAAGCUGUAUUUAACAAAGAACUUUCAAUUGAAGUAGUUUCAAAAGAAGGAGGCAGAUAUAUCAUUGAUGUUCGUGACAAAGAAUGCAUGGAACAGCCAGCUGUUAGCACACUGAUGCUUAAGUCUGGGUAUGCUGAUUUUUGGAUUGUAAAGGCAGAUAAUAAUUUGCCAAAACAAAAUUGUAAAUUGAAGCAUUCAGGAAAUAAAGCAAUUAGGUUCACAAAAAGUGGAAACAGAACAUACAUAGUUAAAAAUUCUAAGUUGAAAAAUACGUGCACUGUUUCAGUUUCACCCAACAAGCUGUCUACUCUGUACUUUCCAACUCUACCUCCUAUCAUGUCAAGACAAACUGAGAAGUCCUUGUUAGUAUCUCCAUUCAGGCAACAGGUGUUUAAGCUUGGAUCUGUUUUUGAUGUGAGAGUGUCUCAUAUAAAAUCUCCAGCAGAAUUUUGGUGCCAACUACAAAGUAAAUCUGAUGAACUUGAGUUGCUAAUGAGAGAGAUCCAACUUUAUUACAGUAUUCCAAGGGAAGCUUUUCAACCUGAAGAUACAGGAUGUGUUGCAAAAUAUUCCAAGGAUGGACAGUGGUAUAGAGCAACAGUUAUUAAAAGAAAUAUUCCAAAAGAAGUUACUGUAUUGUUUGUUGAUUAUGGCAUCCAACAAAGAACUACUCUGAAGAAUCUUUGUGCUAUUAAUCCAAAAUUUGUUCAUCUGGAAGAGCAAGCUUUUAGGUGCACUAUUAACGGCAUCAUUCAAUCUGUGAACCAAGACCCUACUGUUUGGGAUCAAGUUUCCUACAGCACAUUUAAACAGUUUAUUGACAAAACAUUGACAUUAGAUUUGACUCUUAAAUGCACAAUAUUUGCAAAGGCUUUGAAAAAUGGAAAGGAUCUGUGUAAUGUGGUAGACCUUUACACUCCAUAUACUAAUUUAUGCCAGCUAUUUUUGAACAUGGGGUUGGCCACGAAUGUUAAAUCACCAUUUUCAUUUAGUUCAUCAAUUCAGUUAUAUACGUUUUAUUAUAGUGAUCAUGACAUAAGAAUCGGAAGUGAAGAAAAAGUCUAUGUAACACAUGCUUCUGGUUUGUCAGAAUUCUAUUGUCAAUUUGAAAAAAAUACUUCGGUUGUGCAUAAACUUAUGACUGAUGUCACCCACAUUUGUAAACAAAUGCGAGGACAGAAGUUGAACUUUAACAAAACUUGUAUGUGCUUAGCAAAAUAUUUUGGAGACGGUCUGUGGUACCGUGCUCUAGCCUAUUCUGUGCAAUCACCUGCACAUUUUAAAGUAUUUUUUGUAGACUAUGGAAACACAGAAAUAGUUGAUAAAAAUGAUGUGAUUCCAAUUCCUCUGGAGGCAUUAGAACUGACUUCAAUACCUAUGCAAGCAGUAAAGUGUUGCUUGUACCUUCCCCUUCAGAAAGUGCCUGAUGAUUUCACUUUGUUUAAAGAAACUGUGAUGGAAAAGCAACUGAAAGCCUUUGUGGUAGCAAAGAAUUCUGAUGGCCAGUUGGUUCUUGACCUUUACGAUGGAAAUGUCAAAAUUAGUGAUGAAAUAACACAGCAACUUUAUGGAAGUGGAGUGAGAUGCCUUGAUGACACACAGUGGCAAAGUAGAAAUUCUUCCUCCCCAACAAAUAUAGUCACUUCUUCAAAACAGAUACGUGAGCAUUCCGUAAAAGAAACAAAAGGAUCAAUCAGUUCUGAUUUGAAUGCAGACCUGUGGUAUAAAGGAAGAAAAAACAAAGACCAAAAUGAGGCUUUUAAAAAUAUAAAAGUGCCUUGUAAUAGAGGUGGAAAAAAUACAACUUGCUUGCAACUAAAGAAAUUUGUCCCUGGAUAUAAUUUCCAUCAAACAAACUUGGGGAAAGCCUGCAACACAAGGAACACAGGCAAAGCAAUCCAUCGAGAUAAGACUAGAUUCUGUGUAUGGAAGACCAAGAUGAUACCUCAUAUAAUUGAUCCCAGAAAAAUGACAACACCAUCUGUAUUCAACUCUCCUGUGCAAAACAUUGCUGCAGUACCAAAUGCAAAAGACAGUAUUGAAAUUAUUUGUAGAAGUAAGAAGAAAACUGCUAGGCAGUUUCCUCAAGAUUUCACCAAAUUGUUUGGAAGGUUCAAUUCUGGUAUUUGGAAGAUUGAUGCUGCCUCAGUUUCUGAGAAACACAAAGUGUUCCAUGCAAGUGAUGCUGUUACUAUAUUGAAAGGCUUUUUGUUUGAUUUGGAUGGAUGGAUGAAUAAAAUGGCUUGUGCAGAUGUGAAAAUUGCUUCAGCUAAACAUGUGUCAUUAAAAUCUCUGCUUCCUGGUGAGAGUGCCAGGCAAUGCUUAUCAGCGUUAAAUUUAAUAGCAUGUGGCUCUAUCCAGCCAGCUAAAGAAUACAGUGGCUUUGCUAGUUCUGUGAUUGAUCCAUCAGAAUUCUACAUUCAGCUAGAUGAUACAUUUGAAACAAUGAUAACUCUCAGUUCAUUCCUGGCUGAGCUACCAGAGAAUCUUCAAACAUUAUCUCUCAAUUCAUUGAAAGUUGGGGUAGCUUAUCUAAUCAAAUGUACCAGCAGUAAUCAUUGGUGCAGGAUUGAAAUUUGUGCAGUGUCACAACAGUUCGUUCUUGCUAGAGCCGUUGAUUAUGGACAUUAUAUCUUCAUUCAGCCUUCAGAUUUUAGCAGAAUAUGCGCACUUCCUCAAGAACUUGCUGACUUGCCACGCUUAACUAAUCGCUGCAUUUUAAAUGGAGUUGUGCCUGCAAAAGGGGAUUUUUGGACAGAUGAAGCUAUUGUUUUCUUUCAAAAGUCUUUGAAUAAGCAGAAUUUGACUGUCAUUUUCAGACAAUAUUUUGCUCAUUUGGUGUGGGAAGUGGACGUUGUCAUAAAUAACAAGAGUGUGGCAGGAGAUUUAGUUGCUGCUGGACAUGCUGCAUUUCUGAAAGAAAUUGUUAACUCCUCCACUGAAGACGCACUCAGUUCUUUAGAAGUCUCUUGGAUUCUGGCAGGACCCAUCUCAAACCAACAUAUAAUAAAUAUGGUGAGCUGCAGUCCAUCAAGGAGAAAACCCAUCAAUGAGCAAUUUGAAGCCAGUUACUGAACAAAAUGUUCUGGUCAUGUCAUACUGUGAUGAAGCCUCACAAAACAUGAUAAAGACUUUCUGCAACUGGAGAAUAUAGUAGACAUCUUGGCCUGAAACGUCGACUGUACUCUUUUCCACAGAUGCUACCAGGCCUGCUGAGUUCCUCCAGAAUUUUACGUUGUUGCUUGAAUUUCCAGCAUCUGCAGAUUUUCUCUUGUUUAGAGUUCUAAAUUAAUUAGGUUGAACCAGAGGUGUAUAGAACAGCCAUUAUUUGCAUUGCUGUAAAGCCGAACUGAACUUGAUUAAAUUGGUAGCUCACAAUGAUUAUGAUUGAAUUAUGUUGCUAUGUUACCUGCAACCAAUUUGGAGGAUGUGUAAAUUUACAGUACAUUUGAAAGCUGAAUCACAGAACGUGGACUUGUUUUGGUAAUUAACACCGUCAGUCAUUAUGUUGCCCGCGUGUGAAAUAAGAUAGCUAUGUGAAAUGUUUAUUUUUCUGCUACUAUGGCUAUUCUGUAGUAGUAGUAACUUGGCUUUAAAAAAGACAUAGAUCUACUCAUUUAGCCCCUCUUCUUAUGACAAUAUUUUUGGUCAUAGGGAUCUAGAGCAGUAUAGCAAGUGUACUGGCUCUUCAGCCCAACCAGUCUAUGCCAACAACAGUGUCUAUCCAGCUAAUUCCAAUUUCCUGCCAUCUUCUGAACCCAUUGCUUUCGUAUAUCUAUCCAAGCGCUUAAAUGAUACUGUGUACCUGUCUCAACCACUUUCUCCAGGAGCUCAUUCCAUACACUGAAUACACAUGUUAUGUAAAGAUCUGCAACUAGCCAUGUCAGCUAUAAUAAAAGAUCUACAAAGUUAUUCCUGUAUUUCAGUUAGUUUAACAUGGAUUUUUGGCAAGACAUAAAAGUCAAUAAUCAGAAGAAAUUUAGGAAAGAAUUUAUUCAAAUGAAGUCAAAGUAGUUUCAUGAGAAGUGAGUUUAUAUUUGACAAAUUUGCUUAUUUUUUUCAAUUUUAAGGAUGUAAGAAGAGUAGAUCGAGGCGAAUCUAUGAAUUAACGAAUCUGAACUUUGACGAGGUGCUGCAUAAAAACUUGUAUUGGAUGAAAUAUGUUGGCAUAGACUAAAAAUAGGGAAGUUUUGUUACAAUUGUAUAGAGUGGUGAAGCCACACCUGGCGAAUUGUGUGCAAUUUGAGUCCACUUGAUUGAGAAUGGAUAUAGCAGCAUUGAAAGCAGUCCAAAACCUGUUCGACAAUGAGGUUAGGGCAGUGGAUGUUGUCUAUUUGGACCUUAUCAAAGCCUUUGACAAGAUCCCUCAUGGUAGGCUGAUCUGAAGGGUUAGGCCCCAUGGAAUUCAGGGAGAACUAAUUAGGUGGAUUCAAAGUUGACUCAAAUGUAGGAAAUAGAAGGUGAUAGUUGAAGGUUGUUUCUCAGAAUACAGGCCAGUGGCGAAUGGUGUGCCACUGGGUUCAGUGUGGAAAUCCUUGCUAUUUGUCAUAUAGAUGAUUUGGAUGCAAAUGAACAAGGCUUGAUCAGUAAAUUUGCAGAUUACCUUUAUUCAGGAGCUGAUGUUGAUAGUGGAAAAACAUUCUAGAUCACAGGGAUUUUAAUCAGUUAGUGAGGAAUGGCAAAUGGAUUUUAAGACAGCUAAAUGCAAGGCAAUGCUAUUGUCAACGAAUAACCGGACUCAAACGCUCACUCAUUCCACAAUCACACUUAUUUGUGUACAGGAAGAACAGCAUGGCCCAUCACCAGACUGUUCUGAAGUUUGAACAAAAAAAUGUCAUUUUUAUAUAUACAUUGAUACAGAUAUUGACUAAUUGGUAACCUUGUAUAUGUUCAAAUUCCUUAUUUAUAUAAUCACAGUACAAUAAUAGCCAAUGUAAUCUCCACAUUAAAGUUUAAUAAUACUUCAGAAAUACCAAAGUAACUGACGAAUAUUAUGUUUCAUCCCAGAAUCUUUUAUUUGCAUCCUCAUUUUGUAUUGGUAUGACAAAUGUGCCCCCCCCCCCACACUGCUGGCAAAGGAAAGCUAUGCUCUUCAAAGACUUCUGGUUUAUAAGGUAUUCCUUGCCAAGGCUGAUCGCGUGCUAUCUGUAAUCUGUCCUUGCGUGAAGGUUAUAUUAACCUCUAGCGUGCUCCAACUUUCACAAUGCAUUUUGGAAGGAUUCGUACAAUAAACAGUAGGGCACAAGAUAAUAUAAUGGAACAAAGGGGCUUAGGAGGUUAAGUGCAUAGUUCAUUGACAGUUUUGUUAUGGGUACACUGGCCUUCAUAGAUCAGAGCAUUGAGUAUAGGAAUAGGGACAUUAUGCUGCAGUUGUAUAAUCAUUAGUGAGGUUGCAUUUGAAUACUGUGCAAUGCACACGAAAUGCUAGCGGAACUCAGUAGAUCAAGCAUCUGCAGAAUUUCUUGUGUUUAUGAUUUGAGUACUGUGUACAGUCUUGAUCACCCUGCUAUAGAAAAGACAUAGUUAAACUGGAAAGGGUACAGAAAAGAUUUGAAGAUGCUGCCAGGACUAGAGGGCUUUAUUUACAGGGAGAGAUUGGCCAGGCUAGGUAUUUAUUUCUUGGAGUGUAGGAGAAUUGGUUAAAAUGGUGAGAGACAAAGAUAGUAGGUGGUAACAUCUGAGGUCAUGGCUCAACUUAAUUGUGCUUUUUAGGUUUGUAGGGAUGGGGACAGAGGGGUGUUUGGGGUCAGGGUAGGGUUUAGGAAUAGGGAUGUGGGGUUAGGGUUAGGCCAAAGUAUAGACCUCUGCUCCAUUCUUGAAGGUCAGCAAAGUUGAUGUGUGAUGAAGGAUAUCUGUAGCAGGAUGUCAGGCCAGUAGACCGGUGAGGGCUAGUGGCCUACAGGUUCUGGGAUCGGAAUUCCUUGUGGGCAGGAAGUAUGAGAGUCAGUGACCCCCUAAGUAUGUGAGUCCGUGAGAUUGGAGUUCGAGAACCAGUGUUUGGGAUCUCAAACACCGGGCUGGGCUUUGAGGCCUGGAGUUCAGGAUCCUCUUUCAUCGUCAUUGGUGAGUCGUGAGUCAGUACCAAAGAUCGAAGCCUGAAAUUUGAUCAGAAAUCUGAGAGUCGAGGCCUGAUGGUCAAAGCUCUGAAUCUGCUAGUCCACUGGGGAAGUCAAAGGUUCCAUGUCUGUGAGUCUGCUGGAGGCCCAGAGACAUCCGGUUUGCUGUUGUAUUGUUGAUCUGGUGGUGGUGUUGUUGUGUAGUUCAGAGAACAUGGAGGGCAUGCUUUGCUGGUGCUAGAAUGUGUAGCAACACUCGUAGCAAAUCCUUGGAUUAGGUUAGUUAACACAAAUGACACAUUUCAUUAUGUUUCAAUAUAUAUAUGUGAUAAAUAAAAUCCUAACAGUCUUUACCCAGGUUAGGGGAGUCGAAAACUAGUGGGUAACAGUUCAGGUUGAGCUGGGAUAGAUCUAAAGGGACCUGAGGGACAACAGUUUGACACAGAAGGUGGUUCACUAUGUGAAAUGAGCUGCUAGAAGAUGUGGUUGAGACAAGUAUCGAUGCCGAGAUGUUUUCUCUAGAGGGAGAAUCGUUCAGUAGUCUCAAAAGGGUGGUGGAACUCAGUAUUUCCUACAGUUGUGGAGCUCAUUAGAAGUUUUUAAAGUGGAAGGAGAAUUUUUUUUUCAAAGAUAAGAGGAAUUGAGGGCCAGGGGAAUCUAACUGAGGACAAGAGAUCUGUGUUAGAUCAACUGUGAGUUUAUUGAAUGUCUGAGCAACUUGAGGAGCCAGAUGGAUUUUGGUGUUAAAACAGCACACAUCAAAAUUGCUGGUGAACACAG